AUGCCUGCUCCAGUUGUACACACAGUAGAGUCGGCUAUCUCCGAUCCGCCUUCGCCAUCUGUAUACGCAGCGUCCGUCAGGAGCGCUGUGGUACCCGACUAUGACUCAACAGCUGCGGCUCCGGCACCUGAUGUUGCUCGAUUUAAGAAAACCCGCGGCUCCGAAUUCAUCUCGGGCAUCAUCACCGCUCCCAUCGAGCUUCGAGAUCGUUACAACAACGCUAUCAAGCGACUGGAGAGCCCCACUAUCAAGUCAACCCAGUACGAUGGCGUGUGUAGUGGCUCCAAAUCUAAAGCGCAGACACCCACAGUCACCAAAACCUCGCAUGCAGCUAAGCCAUCGUCGCUGCGCAACCGAAUCUGGCAAGACGAUGGGAAACUGGAGAGGCCCAGCUCGUUGAUACUCCUUAACGAGAGAUUCGAGCAAGCUGACCUUGGUGACGCCCGAGGCGUGUGCUCGUGCAUUGGAUCCUGCGUAAGGAACGUUGGUGCAUCUGUAGUCGAGCCCAUCGAGGAAGACCUUGACAAGACGGUCCUCCCAUUGUUCGAGCUGUCUAUCCCAGACUCUGCUGUACUGUCGGUAUCAGUUUCAAACAAAGGUUCUGCAUAA